AUGCUUUCGGAUUUUACGAGCGAAAAGCAACCCCUCAUUGAGAAUGUUUCAUUGCCAAUUGAUUCAAUACCUCGGCAACAGUCUCCUGCGAAUGAGCAUGUAUCGCAGAAAUGGCUCUUGCUGGCGACCAUAUUUUCCAUUCUGCUAUUGUGGAAUCAAUUAGCUCCAAACGAGUCCGGUGCAGCCCCCAACGGUCAGCCUCCCCAUCAGGUCCGGGUGUACCCUGGGGAGAAUAUUGAAUGGAUUCUAUGUGGAAAUUUAGAGGGCAGCGAUCUGGAAUGCAGCUCAAUCAUCGUACCGAUGGACCAAUAUAGCAAGGAAAAUUCGGGUAAUCACACUUUCAGCAUUCCCCUCGCACGACUACGUGGCUCCAAAAAUGCCACCAAAAAUAUCAUUGUUAAUCCAGGUGGCCCGGGAGGAAGCGGCAUAAACUGGCUCUAUCGUAGGGGAAAGGCGACACAGAAAAUUGCCGGUGACAACUUCCACAUAUUAUCAUUUGACCCGCGGGGUGUGAAUAACUCCCGACCACAAGCUAUCUGCUUCCCAGAUGAUGAAACACGCAAAUCACGGUCCAUCUCACUCUCUUAUGAUCCACUUGCAGAUGGUCCAAAGCUACAUCCCUGGACUAGCAACUAUGUUCAGGCGUGCUCCGAUACAAUGGGCGAGCAUGGGCCAUACAUGAAUACUCCACAGACAGCUGCUGACAUGAAUAGCAUCCUUGAUGCAGUUGGUCAAGAGAAUAUGAUCUACUGGGGGUUUAGUUAUGGCAGCUUACUUGGACAAACAUAUGCGACUUUGUUCCCAGAACGCUCAGAGCGAGUCAUUAUUGACGGUGUUGUGAACCAAUUCUACUGGUAUACUGAUCCCCUGGAAGGGGAUUUUGAGGACAGCGAAAAAGUUUUUGAUGGAUUUUUCGACGAAUGCGUGAAGGCCGCGGACGAAUGUCCUUUGAAUAUCUUCGGCCGUACUAAACAAGACUUAAAGGAAAAUGUUACCAUGUUUCUCCAGUCUCUGAAAGAAGAUCCCAUACCCGCCUACAUAAACAGCACAACCUAUGGGAUGAUAGACUACACCACAAUGUGGCUCCGUGCCAUCUUUCCUGCCUUGUAUAGGCCGACUUCAUGGUAUACGCUUGCCGACACCAUCUCGCAGCUUAUGAGCGGAAACGCAACAGCUGCACUGCUGGCUUUCGGUCUGGAUACCAAUAGGCCUAUGUCGAUGGAGCAUGGAAUGAUAAUUCAUAGCAACGACGGUGCUGCUGGAAAAUCGCACUGGCCAGAGGAGAAGAAGGAGCUAUUGGAAAUGCUUCGGCCGGUGUGGAAUUCGUCAUCCUUUGCUGUCACCCAAAUGGAAGAGUUUUUCACUAAAGCGCAGUGGCUGAUCCCAAAGGAACAUUCGUUUGUUCCACGCCGAGGCGUUGAGACUUUGCAUCCACUGCUCAUCCUCUCUACCACAUACGACCCCAUUUGUCCGCUCAGCUCUGCAAAAAUAGCAAAAGAAUCAUUUGUGAACUCGCGUCUAAUCGAAAUUGAGGGGUAUGGCCACUGCUCCUCUGCAAUGCCUUCUUCAUGUCUCGUGCCACACAUACGCGCGUUUCUCAAUGACGGCACUAUGCCACCAAAAGAUGUGAAAUGUGGGGUUGAUGGACCAUACUUUAUUACCCCCAAGCAGAAGGAAAUAAUUCUGGCUGACCGGCUUGAAUCUGAAGAAGGUCAACUUCGUGCCGCGCAGUAUGAACUGUCGGGCCUAGGAGAAUGGACAAAUUGGUUGUAA